UGAAGAGAGAAGACACAGGAGGAAACAGGCUCCCGCCUAGACACAGCACCAUGCAUCUCCUCGGCCCCUUGCUCCUGCUUCUUGAAUACUUGGCUUUCUCUGACUCAACCCCCUGGAGGUUCACUCAUCCUAAGACCCUCUACGCCUGGGAUGGAGCCUGCGUGUGGAUUCCCUGCCAGUACAAUGUCCUAAAGAGUGGACGCAGCAUAGAUAACCUGACUGUGUACCACAAUUAUAAGUAUAACAACUCCACCAAGAACUACGAGGGGACCAUCCUCUAUACGAGCCUGAGAACCGGGGAUUUUACCCCUCAUCUGGAAAGGGUACGAUUCCUGGGAAAUUACAGAAACAACUGCAGCCUCGUCAUCAACCCUGUGAGUGUCAAUGACAGCGGUCAGCUGGGGCUGAGGAUGAUGUCGGAGAAGGACAAGUGGAUGGAGCCUAUAGGUCUCAACAUCUCUGAGACGGCUCCCCCACCCCACAUUGAGCUCCCUCCAGAAAUCCAGGAGUUCCAGAAAGUCAGUGUCACCUGCUUGCUGAAUUUUGCCUGCUUUGAGUACCAGAUUCAUUUGCAGUGGUCCCUGAAGGAGCCUGGGGUCUCUGAGCACACCUCCAGCUCCCUGUCCCACAAUGCCAAGACCAUCUCCACCCAGAGCACGCUCACAUUCCAUCCUCAGUGGACUCACCACGGCAAGAACCUGACCUGCCAGCUCUGGGGACCCAAGGAGGAGCGGGUACUCUCUGAGACAACGGUGCGGCUGGAUGUGAAGCAUGCGCCAAAGUUACAGAUCCAGGUCAGUCCCAGAGACGCCACCGUGACAGAGGGAGAGUCUGUGAGCCUGACAUGCGUGGUCAUCAGCAGCAACCCCCCACACCAGAGGGUGUCCUGGCUCAGGGAUGGGGUCCCGCUGGAUUGGGAGGAGACGCUCACGCUCACUCUGCCCGAAGUGACCAGGAAGAUGAGCGGGAGGUACCAGUGCAAGGCCCACAAUGACGUGGGCACAGAAGAGUCGGAAGCUGUGGACCUCCAAGUGCACUAUCUUCCGGAACCUUCCAUGGUUCAGAUCUCCCACUCACCAGUUAAAGAAGGAGAUGAAAUAGAGCUGACUUGUAUAUCACCGGCCAAUCCUCCUCCAACAAAUCACACCUGGUACUACAAUGGGCUGGAAAUGCCUGGAAAGACGGACAGGACCCUCCGCAUCCCAGUGGUCGUCCUCAAGCACGCUGGGCUGUACUCCUGCUUGGCGGAAAAUAGUCUUGGUCCCGGACAGGUUGGCCACGAAGCUGACUUGGAUGUCCAGUAUCCCCCCAGGGAGGUAACCACGGUGAUUCAAAACCGCACACCGAUUCGAGAAGGAGACAGUGUGACCCUGUCCUGUACCUACAAUUCCAGUAACCCCCCAGUUACCCGAUAUGAAUGGAGAGUUCAAGGCUUAUGGGACCCGCUAGUACCUGCUGGGCUAAGGAUUCGAAAAGUCGUCUGGGACUCAGGGCCAGUCAGAUGCGCAGCCUGUAACGAGUGGUGUUUGUGGUCUCCCCCUGUCGACUUGGAUGUCCAGUAUGCCCCCAGGGAUGUCAGCAUCCAGGUCAGUCCUGACACCGAGAUUCACUCUGGAACCUCGGUCCUCCUCCAAUGUGACUUCUUGAGUAGCCGCCCCACAGACGUCCGCUUCUUCUGGAAGAAAAAUGGAAUCCUUCUGAAGGAGGGAAAGACGCUGAGCUUCGACACCGUCUCUCCAGAAGACGCUGGGACUUACCACUGCUUGGCCAACAACUCCAUAGGACAGAACUUGUCGAAGCCUCGGGUGCUCCGAGUGCUGUAUGCACCCAGGAGGCUGAGUGUGUCCAUCAGCCCAAAAGAUGGCGUGGUGGAGGGGAAGAAGGCAGUGCUGACGUGUGAGAGCGAUGCUAAUCCUCCCACCUCCCACUACACCUGGUUUGACUGGAAUAACCAAGACCUCCGCCACUACGAUCAGACGCUGAGAUUGGACCCUGUGACGCUGCAGCACUCAGGCGCCUACUGGUGCCAGGGGACCAACAGGCUGGGCCAGAGCAAGUCGCCCCCCACCACCCUCACUGUCUACUACAGCUCAACCACCAUCAGCAGGCGAGUGGCCUUGGGAGUGGGGUUCUGCCUGGCCAUCUUCCUCUUGGCAAUCUGGGGAGUCAAGCUUAAGCAGAGCUGGAAGAGGAUUCGGAGACAGCAGGGGCCUCAGGAAAAUUCCAGUGGACAGAGCUUCUUUGUGAGAAAUGCAAAGGCUCGAAGGACCCCCCAAGCUGAAGGCCCCCACUCCCUGGGUUGCUACAAUCCGGCGAUGGAAGAUGCUGUCAGCUACGCUGCCUUGCGCUUUCCUCUUGGCGAGAUGAACGCACCGAGAUUUGGAGAUGCAGGGGCCUCAGAGAUGCAGGGACUUUCCCCAAACAGCGAUGACAUGGUCACAUACUCUGUGGUGCAGAAGCAUCAGGUGGGCGACUACGAGAACGUGACUCCAGAGGUCCUAGAAGACGAGGGGAUCCAUUACUCGGAGCUGGUCCAUUUUGGGGCUGGGGAGCGGCCGCGGGCCCAGGAAGCAGUGGAAUACGUGACCCUCAAGCACUGAUGGGCCAACCUGGCUGAGGUGGAGGCGCCAGGGGGCUGCAGGGGCCAGGGCGGUCCUGGAGCUUUCUCAGCCCCUGCUGCUCAGCUGUGAAGUCGUAUCCACACAUGCACGCACGCACGCACGCACGCACGCGCACGCACGCGCGGGUGGAGACACCGCAACCCCAGUUGGUGCAGAGAACUUUGUACAUGGUCCAGAGGCAGUCUUCCUUCUUAGCACUGGUAACCCCGACCCUCCAAAGGGUCUGUCCCUAGUCCUUUCCCACUCCCCUUCUCACCCAGACACUCACCUAAAUACCUGCCCUGAGCUGUACACAUCCCCUUGCCCCUCCUCCGCCAUCUGCCACCACCUACCCCCUCCCAAACCCCACUCCCCGGCUGGCUGUGUCCCUGCGGGGAUCUGCCGGUCAUUAUUUUUGUUCCUGUCUCUUGCCCCAUCCCUUUGAUGCCCCACCCCUGCUCUGAUAACUGCACUCACUAAUCUUAUGCGUGAUUUUUGUCCCCGGGGCAAAGCCCAGGGAAAGAGGGACAGAAAUGAGGUAGGAAGAGGCACUGCCCCAGGCUGGUUUCUGCUCUACGAGGCAUUCCACAGGGAGGAUUUAUGCUGCUGCGGCCCCUUUCCUCAGGGGUCUCAUGGUCUGAAACGUACACUGAUGUGGACAAAAGUGUAACCGACACAGAGCUGCACAAUAAACAUGGCUCAGA